AUGAAUUAGGAGGUACUUCCUUAAUAGAGUAGUUAUCGAUAAAAUUAUAAUGCUUAACAAAGUAGAAGAGAGAUAUCCUCUAAAUUAUCUUAAAAUUUAUAACCCAUUAUGCCUAUUUGUUUAAAACAAAGCACUUAUAAUGAAAAUGAAGUUCCAUAAGAAUUUGAUGGAGAAAAAAGCAUUUAUAAAAGUUUCAUAGAUGAUUAUUACAGUGUAAGAUCUAAUUUUCCUAAUUCUCCUUCAAUAAAAUUUCAAAAGAAAAAAAUAUUUGAUGAUAUUCAGAUUCCUUCUUAGAAGACAAGUUAAAUAAAGACAAGAUAAAUUUUAAAUGAAAAGUAAUUAACUAAUAAUUAAGAAAUUUAUCAAACUUAUUAAUAAAUAUCAGAAAGAGAAGCUAUGUUAAUUCAGUAGCAUCCUUAUUUUGAAAAUUAAGUCAAAUUACUUUAAAUUGAUUAGUAGUAACAAUUUAAAUUAGAAUGUCUAAAAGAUUCAGAUAAGGAGAGUUUAAUUGUUUUUAAAAACCAACAAAUUCUUAUAACAAUUAAAAGAUAGAAUUUAAAUAAGAAUAUUUUAAUUUGUUAAUUAACAUUUUAAAACAUUGGUACUACUUCCAUUCCAAUAUUAGAUAUACUUUACUAUAAUGAUUAAAGUAAUUAAUUAUUUUAUUUUUUUAGCAUUAAGAUUAUCAAAAGAAAAUGAUUGUAUUAAAUAAUUAACUCCAGGUUAUGGUUAAAUGAGUACUAUUAAUAUUGAGAUUGUAAAUGUUCCUUUUACUGUAAUUAAUGUGUCAAUAGAAUAUAACAAUUAAUUUUUUAAAACCUACUUACCAAUUACAAUGUUGAAUUUCAUUUAAGAUUAUCAAACAACAUUAUCUCGUAGUAUAAAGCAUCAUAAAUAUUAUAAUAAAUUAAUCUUAAAUAAAAAAGGUUGGAAUAUUGAGAGUAGAAUAAUAAUUGGUAAUAUUUUAAAUUCUGAAGUUGAAAUAAGAGUUGAAAAUGAAAAUAACUAACUAAUUUUGUAUUGUCAUAGUGACAUAGAACAAUUAAAUUGGUAGAUUUUGAAUACACUUUAUGUUUUAUUUGAUUUAUGA